UACCUGUGAUGUAAAGUUUCUAUAAUACUGAUGUUUACCUGUAAUGUCAGACAUCUGUAAUACUUACCUUUAUACCUGUUGAGGAUGUCGGAUCCCCUAACUUUGCCACCUUGCCGUAUAUGUACAGGGAUUGCUACAGGUAUACACUAUGGUAUCAACACCUGUGAAGCAUGCAAGGCUUUCUUUCGGCGUGCUUCAAUGGAAAAAAAUAAAUACCAAUGCACUGCUAACGAUGACUGUGUCAUCACCGACAGACGGCGGGGAAACUGCUCUGCGUGUCGUCUAAAGAAAUGUUUUGAUCUGGGAAUGUCUAGAGGAGCUGUACGACAUGGCCGCUAUACAAUUGCAAUCCGUACAAAGACCAUCAUGGAAGUCAAACGUCUAGAGGGAAAAGAUGCUGUGUCAAGCUCUGACUACGAGAAGGCUUUAUCUACAGAGAUGAAGUCAAGAAAUGCCAGGAGUGGAUCUGAGGAAUCUGACACUGUCACAUCUACUUCACAACCCACAGAACUCCCCCUAAGCCCUGCUACAGAAAAGAAAAAGAAAAGGAAGAGUAAACGAUUAAUGGGAAAAGUAUUUAAUGAGGAGAGACCAUUGGUAUCUGAUCCUACCGUGAAUUCCACACACACUGAAGACCUGACUCUAGGAGAGGCAGAAAUGCAAGAGAUCAUCAACCUUCUUGUAACUGCACAAGAAAAGAUCUACCCCAACCUCAUCAAUUACUUCAAUAAAGAAUUCACAGAAAAAUUACAGACUGAUUUCAUGGAUGGUUAUAGACUACGUAAGGAAGUGUUUGGAUUGAAGGCAGGUGCUAUCAGCACAGAAGAGCAUCGUAGCAUAUACAAUAUGACUGGAAUAGACAUUGACGACCGAUUGGCAAAGCUAAAUAAAACUGUUGAUCACAUACAUCGUGGAAUCAUCAAGUACAUCACGUUCGCCAAAGUCAUCCCGGGUUUCAAUGACCUCUCCAAAGCAGACAAACUUGCGCUCAUAAAAAACUCUAGGUUUGAGUACUGGAUCCUGGGACACUAUCUUCACAUUAACCCUGACUUGGGAUGUAAUGUGGGUUUGGAGAUAAAGUUUCACCGUGAGGAAACCAUACAGUACUGGGGAUCAGAGGAUAUUGUUAAUGGUCAGGAACAUUUUGCAAGAGUCAUGCAUAAACUUGCCUUGUCUUACGAAGAAAUUGCUGUGCUGAGAGCUAUCGUGAUUGUAUUCCGAGAUCGCUGUCCUCUGGAUGAUCCAGACCAAGUUGAAAGGAUACAAUGGCCAUUGAUACAGUGCCUCAAAUACGUCAUACAGAAAGUCCACCCAGGAGAGGACAAGCGAUUCUAUACAUACCUUUCAAAACUUGUGGAUCUACGAAAUCUUACAGAGAUGAACAGGAAAUCUAACAAGAUGCUUGAUGAAUUCCAAAUGACAAUCAUGAAAAAUUACCCAAUAGUUUACGAAUGUCUGUACACUAUGUAAAACAUCUGUG